GAGCGAGUCGUCAAAAAUUAUUUACAGAUUUGACGUGUUCCGUGUAUUGUACACUGCGUGCAUUGUUUUUCUCGAUUUAUUACUUGCUUUACAUUUAAAACUAAAGUCUAAUUUCAAAACAUUGCAUUGUAAUCAUAACGUAUUUGAACAAUAAUAUUCAUCGAUAAUUAAAUAAGUGCAUAAUUUUGUGUGUGAAAGUUAAUAACUCGGGUCGUUUUAUCCUUUGUUUAAUAAAUCCACCGACGUAGUAUAGUUGAAGAAUAUUCAAGAUGCCUAUAUUGUUUAGUGUCGUUGCCCGGGGUACAGUGCUUCUAGCUAAAUAUGCGUCGUGUGCUGGAAAUUUCACAGAAGUUACGGAACAACUUCUGUCGAAGAUACCUCCACAUGAUGAUAAGUUGACAUACUCUCAUGGAAAUUUUCUGUUUCAUUACAUUGCGGAAAACAAAUUGGUUUAUUUCUGCAUCACUGAUGAUAAAUUCCAACGUUCGAGAGCAUUCUUAUUCCUAAAUGAGAUCAAGAGGAGAUUUACGACGGCGUUUGGCGACACAGCCCAGACAGCCAUACCUUAUGCUAUGAAUGGUGAAUUUGCCCGAGUGCUAGCAACCGAGAUGAAACAUUACAGUGACUCUAAAGACUUGGACACCAUAUCUAGAGUCCACGGAGAGCUGGAUGAACUCAAGAACAUAAUGGUUAAAAAUAUUGAUACUAUGGCGAUGCGCGGGGAGAAAUUAGAAUUACUAGUGAAUAAGGCAGACAAUUUAGCAACUGGUUCUGUCUCCUACCGCAACACAUCGAGAACGCUGCAGCGGUCCCUGUUCUGGAAAAAUGUGAAAAUGUAUGUCAUAAUGGGAGGAGUCGCAGCCCUAGCUGUAUACCUGGUCGGAGCAAUGGCUUGUGGCGGCCUCAAGUGGGGCAACUGCGUCUAAUCUACACAUAAACAUGUACAUACAUUUAUAAUACUAGAACAACACAUCAAUGGUACCACUCGCCAUUCAUAUCUCUAUUUCGUACCCUAUAAGAGCGAUAUUCGAAAUGCAAGUUUUACCAUUGACGUACGACAAUCAAACGUAUCAACAUUAAAAACGACAUUAAAUUAAUUCCGAUAUACUUUUGAAACGUUAUUGUUCUAACUAGUGUCGAAUUAUUCCCUUAUCAUAGUUUGUAAUUUUACCGGGAAUUCAAUAGUGGCUUUAAGUCAUGUUUUAUUUAUUGUAGAAAACAGGGUUAAAAAAAUAGCUGCGUCAUUCUUUUUGCCAAUUUGUAUCAAAUGCCAUUUUUCAACCGAUUGCAAAAACUGAUAUCUCUAUCAGUUUUUAUUACUAUGAAAUCACUACUACAUUUUAUCGGUAAGGUGACUCUUCUCGUCCUUACUAGAAUAUUUCAUAUUAUAUAAUCGCGUCAGUUAUUUGUAAUCUGAUAUCAUUACACAUGUACGUCUAAAUUAGAGAUAGCCGAGUAGGAAAACCUUCAUCCGUAUUUAUGGCAGUCCCAACCCAUUUAUGGUCCAUUUAAUCUUUAUCUAAACGAUUAGAGAUAAACAUUUGAUAAGAACUUUGCAAAUAUAUUUAAUUUAAUUAUUUUUUAUGGAAUACAAAAAAAAUAAAAAUAAACAAGGUCGUCGUCCGUUUGCGUUAUAUCGUGCGUCUGCGUCAUUCGAGUUAUUGAUUUUAAAUUUGUUCUUCAAUGUUUUUACGCAUUUCAUUUACUUAAAUAAUGCGUUCCGCGAAACAUACUACUAUGAUAUUUUUUUAUAAUAAUUUGGGAGUAAAAUCAUAGCCGGAUCUCAUAAGAAUUUUACAUGUAUUGCGUGGAAUUCCUUAUUCUUCAAAAGCAAUUAAGAAGACUGGCUGAUAAGAAAUUAGUUUGCGCGGGAAGAAAGUUCUAGAAAAGUAUUUUUGGAAGAAAAAAAAUGCAUUAUGGUAGAAAAGUGAAAUACAGCAAUUUGUUUAACGAUUCCAAAACACAUGAUAAUGUUGUACUUAUAAUAUUGAUAGUAGGUAUAUGGAAAAAUAUCGGUAUUUGAAAUGCCAUUUUCGACAACAAUUUUGCCAAACAUCUGUUUAAAUAUAAAUAAUUUAUUAAUAUAUUCAAUGAAUUAUAUUUACAUUGUUAUUCAGCAUUUUUUUUUGUCUUGUUGCUUGCCCGACUAUACCUAUUAUUUAUGUUUUAUCUUGUUAACUUGAAGGUCAUAUUUCUUUAGGACAUUUCCUUUUUUUUUGUAACAAAUACUUGUGACGGAUAACGCGCUCUCCGAUAUUUUGUUUUUUGUUAUUCCGAAUUUAAAAUUUAUUCAAGCUAUUAAGAACUGGUUUAUAGAACACAUUUCAAACCAGUGUUAGAAUUAUUUCCAUGAUGUUUUAAAAAUGUUCCAUGUUCAAAAUAUUUGGUCUUUGCACUGUUGAGUGUGUGCAGCCCAAUUCACUGUUUGUUCACACAUGUUUUUAUAUUAAAAUAAGUAUCUAUUUGCCAAUGUAAAAUUCCAGUUCAGCCUAAACUACUAUGGGCUUACUAAAACUGACUAUUUAGUCAUUUUGUCUUAGAAAAAGUAAAAUGCAAUAAUCUGACGAAGACUAAAGCUUUAUCUGUCUUAUUUUGUGUUGUUUCAAAUUCUUUAUAGUAAAAUAUUAAUUAUUUAGAAUAAGAUCAUACCAAAAUAUUGAAAAAAAUUAAAUAUUCAUGUAUAUGUAGGUCCCUAUAAUAAAUAUCAAUUGUCGUUGAUUUUUGAUAAUGAUAAAAAAUGUUAGUAUUGUACUAGGUUAAUAUGUUAGGUAAUAUUUAUGAAUAAUUCCACACCUGUGUGAUAUCUGGAGAGAUGGAAACUGUUUUCAUGUUAAAUUAAUUAUGUUUAACGACUUCAUCACAUAACUGUUUGACGAGGUAACUCGACUGGUCUCAAGCUACUCUUAGGUCUCAUAUUCGUGAGCAGUAUUGCGCGAUUAACGAUCUUGCUAAUGUCGCGCAGCCCACUGACAGUUACCAACAUAGUUAAUUUAAUAUGUUUCACGAGAGUUUAAAUACAAAAAUGUUUUCAUGUUAUUUCCAAAUAAUUUAUUUUUCUUAUAUUUAAAAUUCCAGAAUUCCGAAAAUAUAAUUGAAUAUAUUUCCAUCCAAGAAAACAAUAAUUAAAUUACUUAUAUAACUAUUGUAUCGUAUACACAACUGAUAUUAAUCAAGGCAUGCGUUUAACAUGAUUAUGUCUACGUAGAAGAACUAUUAUAAAUAAUAAGCUCAGCAUGUAUCUCGAGUCUAGCAUAGUGUUCCGUAUACUACACCAAACAUGUAAACACUUGUUUUAAUAAAGACUAAAAGUAUUGUGAUAUUGAGUGUAUAAUUGAAUUAUGUAAGUAUAAUAAUUUGUUUGAUAUGUAUAGAGAUAUGUUAUAAACUUUAUAGGCUA